GGGUGGAUUAUCUGAAGAAGUCUGGGGGGUAUAUUGGUGGUGGUUAUACCGAGGUGAUGGAAAGCUGAACGAUAAAAAGAUGAAGCUCCGUGUUAGCUCCCCGGGAUGCAGCUUGUGGUAAGGUAAGCUAGAUAGAGUGUUUGUUGGUGGUCGAAAUGCGAAAACGAAGUUGCCGGCUUGGCAAACCCCAACAAUUUGCAGGGCAACUCAGCUCAGCUCCGGUUUUUCCUUCUCCGCGUCAAUCCCGUCAAUCCUCCGCGUCUUUUCCCACUUCCCCCUCCUUUUGCACUCACGACCCCUCCGCAUUUUGAUUGUUUGUCUUAAGGUCACGCCGUGGGCGAUCGCAAUCAUGGAGUUCAUCACCAAGCAUCUCGAUUGCCUGUCCAACUGGCACCUUCAUCUGCAGCCGGGAUGGCAGACUGUCGGCGCCUCCCUGCUUCUGGGUGCUGGGAGCUUGUACCUCGUCUCCCGCACCUUGCUCCUCGUUCGGGUCCUGUUGAGCUUGUUCGUGCUCCCUGGCAAGCCGCUCCGCUCCUUCGGCCCCAAGGGUAGCUGGGCCGUGGUGACCGGCGCCUCGGACGGUCUGGGCAAGGAAUUCGCCCUGCAACUGGCCCGCGCCGACUUCAACCUCGUCCUCGUCUCCCGGACCGCCUCCAAGCUCGACGCCCUCCGCGACGAACUCCAGUCGAAGUACCCCGCCGUGCAGACGCGGACUCUGGCGAUGGACUUUGCCCGCAACCAGGACAGCGACUACCACCAACUCAAAGAGAUUGUGGCGGAGCUGGACGUGGCGGUGCUGGUCAACAACGUCGGCAAGAGCCACAACAUCCCGACCCCCUUCGCGCUGACCCCGGAGGACGAGCUGGCCGAUAUCGUGACCAUCAACUGCAUGGGGACCCUGCGGGCGACCCAGCUGGUCGUGCCCGGCAUGAUCCAGCGGAAGCGCGGGCUGGUCCUGACCAUGGGCUCCUUCGGCGGCCUGCUGCCGACCCCGCUCCUGGCCACCUACUCCGGCAGCAAGGCCUUCCUGCAGCAGUGGUCGACCUCGCUGGGCGCCGAGCUCGAGCCCCACGGCAUCACCGUCGAGCUGGUCCAGGCCUACUUGAUUACCUCGGCCAUGUCCAAGAUCCGCCGCACCAGCGCCACGAUCCCCGACCCGCGCUCGUUCGUCAAGGCGGUCCUCUCCAAGAUCGGCCGCAACGGCGGCUCCCCCAGCUACGCGUACAGCUCCUCGCCCUACUGGAGCCACGGCCUGAUGGCCUAUUUUCUGACUUGCAUCACCGGCACCAUGGGCAAGUUCGUGGUGGGCCAGAACAAGGGGAUGCACGAGGCGAUCCGCAAGCGCGCGCUGCGCAAGGCCGAGCGCGAGAAGGGGAAGAAGAGCACCUAAGCGGGUGGAGAGAACGGGGGGGGGGAUCCUUUCUAUUCUUAGAGCCGAUCCCGCACGACCACGUGGGAGUGACUCAGGGAGGGAAGCGAGAGGGGAAGUGGCUCAUGGCUGGGAGGAGAGUUUCUACGCGGGGGAUGAGCAGGGGAUGGUGUGGAGUUCGGCCUGAAUUCCGGAACGGUGAAGGGUGUAGCAAGCUCGGUGUGAGAAUCUGUCACUCGGCAAGCCGAGCCGGAUGGAUCUGGCGACGUCGGUCUCGGGUUGCCGAAGGGCUCGGGGGAAGGGGGGGGGGGAUUCCUGUUUUUCUCUUUCGGCUUGCCUAAGCAGGGGACGGGACCGGCUGGACCUUGCCAUCGAUCCCCUACACGUGGUGAUAUUGGGCCAAUCAGGGUAGACAAAGGGGGGAUGCUUGCAGUCACAGAUCGACAGAUAGGGAAUCUGAUCACU